GUGGUGAACACGUUGGAUCGCUCAGCAAUCGCCGUGGAUGCGGCCUGGGACGUGGAAGGUCUUUACAAGUUGGCGGCUGAGCUGGAGGUGACUAUUCGAGGGUGUGUGUACACUCAUUAUCAUUUCGAUCACUGUGGUGGUGACGUCCACCCCAUGUUCACAGGUGGACAGAAGGUGUUCCUCUCUGGGGCCAAAGAAGUGGAAGAUGCUGGAGGGACCAUUUGGGCAGGGCAGGGUGACGCAGAGCAGAUCCAAAAGCAAUGCAGCUUGAAAGAGGUCGUGGCCAUGCGCGAUGGUGAUGUCAUUCCCUGCGGAGACCUGGUUCUGCACAUUCUCCGCACGCCUGGACACACACCGGGUUCAAUUUGUGUGUUUGCGGCCCCUCGUGGCCUCUCCCCACGGUCGACGAUUGGCAGCACCGGAUUGAAAGAAGCGCGGACGAAGGCCGAGGCAGGCCUCUUGAUCACAGGGGACACGCUCUUCGUUGGCAGUUGCGGACGGACGGAUUUGCCGGGAUCCGAUCCGCGAGAAAUGAUGAGUUCCCUAGCCAGGCUGAGCACCAUGGAUCCUGCGGUGGUGGUCUGUCCCGGCCACAACUAUGCCACGGAGCCCUUCACGACCAUUGGUGCCGAACGGGCUCAGAACGACAUGGUGAUAAUGGGCCUGUCGCACUUUCCAAGUCCGCCUCCGGUACCACCAUGUGCAAUGUGUGGUGAAGGCGGCCAGAUCUGUGGCCCCAAGAAGUUCCGGAAAGGGCGAAAGGCGCGAAUCGUGAACCUCGCCUCAGAAGCUGGCCAGGCAUUGAAUGGUCAAGACUGUGUGGUCGAAAGCUACAUGGAUGGAAAAGAUCGCUAUGCCGUGAGGCUCUUUGGCCAAUCCGGCAUCAAAGUGCUCAAGCCGGACAAUUUGGAGAAGCCGAAGAUGGACGGACCAUCAUCAGAAGCAGCGUCAUAA